ACUCCUAGAGUGUGACGGGAGCAGAGAAGAGAAGAGAGAGAGGAGGAGAACAGGAGAGAGGAGAAGAGCAGAAGAAAGAGAAGAAGAAGAAGAAGAGGCAGAGCUGUGCGAGUGAAACCGGCUAGCAAACAGCCACGCACACAGGAUCUCUCUCACACACACACACAGGCACACACAGACACACACUCUCUCUUAUACACACAUACAGGAGCACAGACACACACUUGCCCACCUGCAGGACCUCAAUGCAACUUGACCUCUGGACCCCGAGUCUGACCCCAGGAGGAAGUGACCUACCUGACCAGUGACUUCUUCGAACUAUUCCAUUUCCUCCCCUCCCCUUAACCCCUAUAGCCUAAACACCUCUAGCAACCUAACCACCCACCCACCGCCCGGGUUCAGCUCCCUUCAGCCUCCUCCGCGUUACCCCACGUAAGGGUGGGAUGGCUCGGGUCACCACCUCCUCCACCUCCUCCGCCCUGGCUGCCCUGGCCCUAGGCUGCUGCUGCUGUGCCCUCUUGGUGGGCACGGCCACGGCUGCGCUGGGGGUCGGCGGCGGUGGCGGCGGCAGCAUGGAUUUGGGGGGCCCGCCGACGGGCUUCUACCCGCGCUUCAACCCCUUCUUCUUCCUGUGCACCCACCACGGCGAGCUGGAGGGCGGCAGCGUGGCAGAGGGCACGGGAGAGGUGCUGCUCACCUUGCAGAUCGCCGGAAACCCCUCCGCCUACGUACCGGGACAGGAAUACCAAGUGACCAUCUCCACCAGCACCUACUUCGACGGUCUGCUGGUGACCGGCCUCUACACCUCCACCACGGUCCAGGCGGCCCCCAUCCCCGCCCCGGGCGCAUUCGGCUUCGGGGUGAUGUCGGAGCGUCAGUUCGGUACCCAGUUUGUGUGUAGUGUGGUAGCGUCCCACGUCAGCCACCUGCCAACCACCAGCCUCAGCUUCGUCUGGAUUGCCCCGCCUGCCGGCACCGGAUGCGUCAAUUUCCUGGCCACGGCCACACAUCGAGGACAGAUCAUCUUCAAGGACGCCCUGGCCCAGCAGCUGUGCGAGCAGGGAGCCCCCACGGAGUCGCCCGUGAGGCCCAGUUUAGCUGAGGUGCAUGGAAACCACGCGGUGCUCCGUGACGACUUUGACUCCAACCUGCAGGCAGAGCUAGACUUCAGCAUCUGGUCAGAGUGCAGUAACUGUGAGGUCGGUGAGCAGUGUGGAGUCUUGAUGCAUGGCAGGAUGGUCACGUUCUGUGAGCCAUUUGGACAGAGAGAUCUGACCAGCGUGCCUCUCAACACCAGCACCGCCUCCGUCCUGCAGUUCGCACUUGGUUCCGGCUCGUGUCGUUUCAGCUACUCUGACCCGGCCAUCAUCGUCUCCUACAGCCUCAACACCCUCAACAGCUCAGACGACUGGAUCACUCUGGAGAAGAUCAAGGCCCCGUCCAACAGCAGCACGGUGAUCCACCUGCUGCCCAUGCCUCUGAGCUCCAGAGGGGAAGGCGUGCGUCUGCGAUGGGCCCAGGAGCCCAGCUCCAGCCCCGACGGCUAUGAGUCCUGCUGGGGCCUGGACAACAUCCUGCUGGUCAACGCUGCCCACAGGCCCAACCUGCUGGAGGACACGCUGGACCCACCCGACACCGCCAACUGGCUCUUCUUCCCCGGAGCCACCGUCAAGCAUGCGUGCCAGUCGGAGGGCAAUGCCAUGUAUUUCCACGGGGGCGAGGGCCACAGCUUCACCGCCACCAGAGAUAUCGACCUACACAGGGAGGAGGGCCGCAGCUACUGGGAGGAGGACUUCGAGAACCCACCCAGCGGGUGGGAUAUCGAGGGAGCGGUGUAUGGGACCCAGUGCGGCGAGGUGGAGUCCGGUUCAGCCCUGGUGCUGCAGAAGGAGGGCUUGAGGAAGGUGUGCACCCCUUACCUGGACACCACCUCCUACGGGAACCUGCGAUUCUACUACACCAUGGGCGGUGGCGAGUGUGACCCUGGAGAGUCCCAUGAGCAUGAUGUCAUCCUGUUUGGCCGCUCGGAGGGGCGAAGGGACCACGUGCUUCUGGACACUCUGCCUUACUCAGCCUAUAGGACUCCUGGCGUGGUGUCGGUGGCGCUGCCCACAGAGCUGCAGACCCCGGUGACUCAGUUCUGCCUGGAGCAGCGUGCCCACGGGGGCGCGGGACGCCACGUCUGGGCCAUCGACUUCCUGCAGCUGCUGCCCGUGCUGCCCGGCGCCCACACGCACGUCGCCCAGUUCUCCAUCAACCUGGGCUGCGGAUCCUACCAGCCUGCCAACAGUGUCAAUCUGGAGUUCUCGACCAAUCAGGGCCGCUCCUGGUCCCUCCUCCACACUGAGUGUCUGCCGGAGCUGUGUGCCGGACCUCACCUUCCACACAGCACCACCUACUCAUCAGAGAACUACAGCGGGUGGACCCGUAUCUCCAUCCCUCUGCCCAACGCUGCCCUGACGGAGACCACCGGCUUCCGCUGGAGGCAGACGGGCACCGGCCCCGCCAACAUGUGGGCCAUAGACAACGUGUACAUCGGACCAGCCUGUCUGCGGUUCUGUUCUGGAAGGGGACACUGCUCUCGUACCGGCUGCAAGUGUGAUCCAGGCUUCAGUGGGCCGGCGUGUGAGCUGGCGUCCCAGACCUUCCCUGCGUUCCUAUCAGAGGGUUUCUCCUCCCCGCGUCUCUCCUCCUACCACAGCUUCUCCUCGCUGCGGGGGGCCGAGGUCAGCUUCGGCUGCGGGGUGCUGGCCAGCGGCAAGGCCCUGGUCUUUAACCGAGACAGCCGACGCCACCUCAUCACCACACCGCUCGACAGCUCACAGGCCAGGUAUCUCCAGUUUACGUUGCGUCUGGGUAGUCGCAGCACCUUGAGCUCGUGUCCCGCUCCUGACCAGCCUGGCGAGGGCGUCCUGCUCCACUACUCCUCUGAUAACGGCAUCACCUGGACCCUGCUGCAGCACUACGCCUACCAGGGCUUCCACGAGCCCAGGAUCGUCUCCGUGGAAUUGCCCCCCGGUGCUCGUAAGUUCGGGGUGCAGUUCCGCUGGUGGCAGCCAUACCACUCUGGGCGCGGGCUGGACGUGUGGGCGCUGGACGAGAUCACCAUGACGUCGGUGCUCUUCAACACCAUCAGCCUGGACUUCAGCAACGUCCUGGACGUCACCCAGAGCCUGGGCUUCUACCUGGGACACGUGCAGCCCUACUGCGAGCACGACUGGACUCUCAGUUUCUCUGGAGAGCCCAGUCCCGGCUCCAGUAUCCGCUACGUGGAGACCCAGUCCAUGCAGAUCGGGGCGUCCUACACGCUGCAAUUCUCCCUCGUGAUGGGCUGCGGACGAGACCCCUCCCCCCACAUCGACACCCAGGUGCGGCUGGAGUUCUCCACCAACCACGGCCUCACCUGGCACCUGGUCAAAGAGGCCUGUCUGCCAGGGAUGCCCAGCUGCUCGGAGUACACGGCCCCCAGCAUCUACCACCCCUCAGAGUUCAGCAGCUGGAGGAGGAUCACCCUGCCCCUGCCUCACAAGACAUGGUCCAGUGCCACGCGGUUCCGCUGGAUCCAGAACUACUACAGUGAGCAGGAUGAGUGGGCCCUGGAUGACAUCUACAUCGGGCAGCAGUGUCCUCAGAUGUGCCAUGGCCACGGCUGGUGCGACCACGGACACUGCCGAUGUGACGAGGGCUUCUCUGGUGCAGACUGCCAGCCCGCCUCCCAGCUGUCCUCCAGCGUCCUGUCCGACUUCGAGUCCCAGGACACGCUGCUCUCCACGUGGCAGGAGGUGAUUGGAGGAGAGGUGGUGACGCCGGACGAGGGCUGUGGCGUGGUGUCCUCAGGAUCCUCGCUCUACUUCAGCAAGGCAGGUCUGAGGCAGCUGGUGAGCUGGGACCUGGACACUGAGUGGGCGGAGUUUGUGCAGUUCUACCUGCGUGUGGGCGGAGACUGGGCAGAGUGUAACCAGGCCGACAGCCGUGAGGAGGGCGUGCUGCUGCAGUACAGCAACGAUGGAGGCAUCAGCUGGGGACUCAUCGCAGAGAUGUACUUCACAGACUUCACCAAGCCCAGGUUUGUCCACUAUGAGUUGCCCCUGGCUGCUAAGACUCCCUGUACCCGCUUCCGCUGGUGGCAGCCGCUGCACUCGGGCGAAGGCUACGACCAGUGGGCCAUCGAUGACGUCAUCAUCCUGUCGGAGCGGGAGAAGCACAUUAUCCCCAUGGCCAACCCCACCCUCCCUCAGAACUUCUAUGAGAAGCCGGCGUUCGACUACCCGCUGAACCAGAUGAGCGUGUGGCUGAUGCUGGGCAACGAGGGCAUGGAGAAGGACUACAACGGCAGCUUCUGCGCCCCCACGCCCUCCGCUAUGGUGUUCGGCCGCUCUGACGGGGACAGGGUGGCCGUCACCCGAGACCUGGCCCUGCGGCCUGGCUACACUCUGCAGUUCAAGCUCAACAUCGGCUGUGAGUCCCAGUUCAGCACCUCGGCACCAGUGCUGCUGCAGUACUCCCACGACGCGGGCCGCACCUGGGCGCUGGUGCGCGAGGGCUGCUAUCCAGGGUCCCCUGGGGUGGGCGGCUGCGAGGGCAGCUCGCGGGAGCUCCGGGAGCCCACCGUCUACAACACCGGGGAUUACGAGCAGUGGACCAGGGUCACCGUGGUGGUGCCCCGAAACGUGGCCGCCAGUAAAACGAGGUUCCGUUGGUUCCAGGAGAGCAGUGUACAUCGUGACGCUCCGGCCUUCGCCCUGGACGGCGUCUACAUCUCAGAGCCGUGCCCCAACCACUGUGGCGGCCAUGGAGACUGUAUCUCAGGCGUCUGCUUCUGCGACAUGGGAUACACAGUGGAGCAGGACAGCUGUGUGCCGGCCGCCCCCAGCCCCACUGAGCUGGCGGAGAGCUUCGAGGGGAAGCUGAGUCCACUGUGGCAGAGCCUAAGUGGGGGCCUGAUCAGCAGUGGGUGUGGCUCCAUAGGAGAGGGCAAGGGGCUCUACUUCAGCAGCUCCGGCAGGAGGGAGGCUCGCACCGUACCGCUGGAUACCACCAACACACGGCUGGUUCAGUUCUACAUCCGCAUCGGAUCAAAGAGCCUCGGAGCAACUUGCACUCGUCCGCGCUCUCGCAACGAAGGUGUGAUUGUCCAGUUCUCCACCAAUAACGGUGUGGAGUGGCACUUCCUGCGGGAGCUGGACUUCAGUUCCUUCCUGGAGCCCCAGGUGGUGACCAUCGAGCUACCCCCCUCCGCCAAGACCCCCUACACCGCCUUCCGAUGGUGGCAGCCACAACAAGGCAAGCACUCUGCCCAGUGGGCGCUGGAUGAUGUUCUGAUCGGCAUGAAUGACAGCAGCAGGACAGGCUUCCAUGACAAGUUCGACGGCACGUCUCCCCUCCGGCACAACUGGUACCGUGUGCAGGGCAGCGAGGUGGCCAUGGACUGCCUGUCCCUCGACACAGCUCUCACCUUCAGCUCAGAGACCAGCGACAAGAGACCUCGCUACGCGGAGAGCUGGGACUUCGAAGUGUCUGGCUCGUCUUUCCUGCAGUUUGACCUGAGCAUGGGCUGCAGCAAGUCCAUCAGCCCCGCCCACGGCGUGCGGCUAGAGUUCUCCACCGACUGCGGCCGCCACUGGAGCCUGCUGACGCCCGAGUGCGUGCCGCCCGCCAUCGGCUGCUCCAGCUACACCCAGAGCUCUGUCUACAGCGCCCCCCAGUAUGCACGCUGGAGGAGGGUCACCGUCUACCUGCCCAGCGCUGCCAACUCCCCCAGGACCAGGUUCCGCUGGAUCCAGCCCCUCUUCACCCCCGGUGCUGACGGCUGGGCCCUGGACAACGUGCUGCUGGCCCCCGGCUGCCCCUGGAUGUGCUCCGGACACGGCCUGUGUGACAACGGCCGCUGCGUCUGUGAUCGUGGCUAUGGCGGUGCCCACUGUGUGCCCCUGGCCCCGCUGCCCUCGGUGUUGAGGGACGACUUCAAUGAGAACCUGCAGCCGGAGCAGUGGCCCGAGGUGUACGGCGCAGAGAGGGGCACGCUGAGCGGGGAGCCACUCAAGUCGGGCACCGCCCUCAUCUUCAAAGGGGAUGGUCUCCGCAUGCUGGUGUCAAGGGAUCUGGACUGCACCAACACGCUCUACAUCCAGUUCUCCUUCAAAUUCAUCACCAAAGGCGUGCCGGAGCGUUCCCACUCGGUGCUGCUUCAGUACAGUGUGAACGGGGGCAUCAGCUGGCUGCUGCUGGAUGAGUUCUACUUCCCCACCUCCACCGACACCCUCUUCCUGCACCUGCCGCUGCCCGCCAGCGCACAGACCAACGCCACACGCUUCCGCUUCUGGCAGCCAUACAACAGCGGUAAAAAGGAAGAGGUGUGGGUGAUUGACGACCUCAUUAUUGAUGGCAGUGCCGUUAACAACCCUCCCGUCCUAACCGAGAGCUUCGAGGGUGGACCCCAGGAGUACAACUGGCUCUUUUACCCUGGGGGCAACACCGGACUCUACUGCCCCUACCAGAAGGGCGGCACGCAGGACGAUUCGGUCAUGGUGUUUUUGUCCAGUGAGUUGGGAGAGCACUCCAUCACCACCAGAGACAUAGACGUCAACGAGAACACCAUCAUCCAGUUUGAGAUCAAUGUUGGCUGCACAGCUGAGAGCUCCUCGUCCAGUCCUGUGCGUCUGGAGUUCUCCAGGGACUUUGGGGCCACGUGGCACCUGCUGGUCCCCCUGUGUGCGGGCGGGCCCCAGCCCAGCUCCCUCUGCUCCACCCAGCUCCACCCGGCCAGCGUCUACUACCCCGGCACCACCCAGGGAUGGAGGAGGGAGGUCAUCCACUUUGGGCAGCUGCGCCUCUGUGGGUCUGUGCGCUUCCGCUGGUACCAGGGCUUCUUCUUGGGUGGCGUGGCGCCCCCGACCUGGGCACUGGACAACGUCUAUAUCGGGCCGCAGUGCCAGGAUAUGUGUAACGGGCACGGGGCGUGCGUGAGGGGCACCCACUGCGAGUGCGACCCCGGCUACUCCGGCCCGUUCUGCACCACGCCAGAGCAGCCCAACCCAGACUUCAUGAAGGAGGACUUCGAAGGGGGAGUGUUGCCUACGGAGCGCUUCACUCUGCUGAGUGGCGGUAAGCCGUCCAGGAAGUGUGGCAUCAUGACAAGCGGUAACCACCUCUUCUUCAGCGAGGACGGUCUGCGCAUGCUCGUCACCUCUGACCUCGACCUCUCCAACGCCAGGUUUGUGCAGUUCUUCCUGCGUCUGGGCUGUGGCAAGGCGGCUCCGGACCCGCGCUCCCAGCCGGUGCUGCUGCAGUUCAGCGUGGACGGCGGGCUGAGUUGGAGCCUGCUGCAGGAGUUCCUGUACAGCAACAGCAGCAACCAGGCGCACCUGGUGGCCCUGGAGAUCCCCCUGAGGGCACGCACCUCCGCCACGCGCCUACGCUGGUGGCAGCCCUCCGAGAACGGACACUUCCACAGCCCAUGGGUCAUCGACAAGGUGGUUGUGGGGGGCAGUGCCAGUGGCUGGGGCCCCCUUGAGGACGACUUCUCCUCCACAGACGGGCGCUCCUGGCUCCUGCACCCCGGCGGCACCCGCAUGCCUGUCUGCGGCUCGGACGGAGAGGCCUUCGCCUUCAUCGAGAAGUCCAACACGCGCUAUGGGGUCACCACCGACAUCAGCGUGGGCCAGGACGCCUUCAUCCAGUUCGACUUCUCCGCAUCCUGCUCCGUCACAAACUCCUGCUACUAUAUUGAGCUGGAGUACUCUCUGGACCUGGGCCUGUCGUGGCAGCCGCUGGUGCGUGACUGCCUGCCCACCAGCCCAGACUGCUCCUCCUACACGCUGCAGAGGCUGCUGGUCUCAGACACUUACAACAAGUGGGGCAGGGUCACCAUCCCCAUCCCCUCUUACGCCAGAUCUCCGGCCACGAGGUUCCGCUGGUUCCAGGAGGCUCCGUUUGACAAGCAGCAGACGUGGGCUCUGGACAACCUCUACAUCGGGGACGGCUGCCCGGACAUGUGCUCUGGACACGGACGCUGCAAGCAGAGCUCCUGCGUGUGUGAUGAGGAGUGGGGUGGUGAGUACUGUGACGAGCCCCUGGUGCAGCUCCCCACCCAGCUCAAGGACAGCUUCAGCCGCGCCCCCGCCCUCAACCACUGGCACCUGCUGACGGGGGGCAAGCUCAGCAGCGUGUGUGGAGCAGUGGCAUCCGGAGCAGCACUGCACUUCAGUGGAAGCUGUACUCGUCAGCUGGUGACGGUGGACCUCAACUUGACCAGUGCCGAGUUCAUCCAGUUCUACUUUAUGUACGGCUGCAUGAUCGCCCCUAGCAACCGUAACCAGGGCGUGCUGCUGGAGUUCAGCCUGAACGGAGGCAUCAGCUGGAGCCUGCUCAUGGAGAUCUUCUACGACCAGUACAGCAAGCCUGGCUUCGUAAAUGUGUUGCUGCCCCCUGCUGCUCGUCAAGAGGGAGUGCGAGUGCGCUGGUGGCAGCCUCAGCACGACGGGGCCGACCACGGGGACUGGGCCCUGGACAACGUGCUCAUCUCCGGCUCCGACUCGCGCGCACACAUCUCCGACACAUUCGGCGGCGUGGCAUUGCCCAACCACGAGAGGGCCGCUGCCGACGGAACACCAUCCAGCCGCAGCCCCACCGAGGACAUCGAGGAGGCUACUGUUGGUGAGCACUGGCUGUUCUCUGAGGACUGUGCUGUGGAGCGCUUCUGCAACUCUCCUGACGGCGUGAUGGUGUGUGGAAAUGUCGACGGCCGAGAGGUGUACGCUGUCACUCAUGACAUCAUCCCUGACAAGGGCUGGGUCAUGCAGUUCAAGGUUGCGGUGGGCUGCUCCCUGCCCGAGAGGCCGGCUGAGCGCCAGGUCCACGUGCAGUACUCGGUGGACUUUGGCGUGACCUGGAAGUACCUGGUGCCCCAGUGCCUGCCGGCCGACCCCCGCUGCGGUGGCCAGGUGUCCCAGCCCUCCGUCUUCUUCCCCGCAGAGGGCUGGAAGAGGGCCGUCUACCCCUUACCCGACAACCUAGCAGACUCGCCGGUGCGUUUCCGGUUCUUCCAGCUGCACUCAGACCUGCAGUGGGGGCUGGAGAACUUCUACAUCGGGCCGGCGUGCGAGGGCCACUGCGGGGGCCAUGGGGACUGCCUGGACCAGCGCUGCCUGUGUGACCCCGGCUUCUCUGGACCCAACUGCUACGCCAGCGCCCCUCUCAAGGCUUCUCUGAAGGAGCGUUUUGAUUGGGAGGGGGGCCGUGGUUCCCAGUGGCAGGUCCUGGAGGGUGGCCGUCCCUGUACGGACUGCGGGGUGCUGGUGGAAGGCACGGCUCUCUAUUUCGGUGGCGCCGACGCCAGACAAGCUGUCACCGCAGACCUAGACCUCCGCGGGUCCAAGUUUGUGGAGUACUGGGCGAGGAUUGGCAGUGAGGACAACAUGACCAUGUGCCAUAGGCCCACCUGCCGCAGGGAAGGAGUGCUGCUGGACUACUCCACUGAUGGAGGUGUGUCCUGGACCCUGCUGCAUGAGAUGGACUACCUGAAGUAUGUGUCGGUGAGGAGGGAUUACAUCGUGCUGCCAGAGGGGGCGCUCACCAACGCCACGCGCCUGCGCUGGUGGCAGCCAUUCACAGUCUCCUCGGGGCUGGCGGCGCCCAGUCUGGAGCGUGCCCAGUGGGCUCUGGACAACAUCCUGGUGGGAGGCUCCGACAUCAACCCCAGCAUCCUGCUCGAUACAUUCGAUGAUGAGGGUGUUUCUCAUGAGGAGAGCUGGAGUUUCUACCCUAAUGCUGUGCGCACGGCCGGUUUCUGUGGCAACCCCUCCUUCCAUCUGUACUGGCCCAAUAAGAACCAGGACGGGACGCACAACAUCCUGGCCACCCGUGAGCUCAUCGUCCAGCCAGGAUACAUCCUGCAGUUCAAGAUUGUGGUGGGCUGUGAAGCGGACACGUGUGAGGACCAUCACUCAGUGCUUUUACAGUACAGGAAGGAUGCCAGGUCUGACUCGUGGCAGUUGGUACAGUCCGCCUGCCUCCCCUCCUCCGUUAACAACGUGGGCUGCUCCCCAUUCCAGUUCCAUGAGGCCACCAUCUACAGUCCCGUCAACAGCUCCGUGUGGACCAGGGUGACCGUCCAACUCCCUGACCACGUGUCCUCAGGGGCCACGCAGUUCCGCUGGAUCCAGAAGGAGGGCGCUGGUGAGCGGCACGGUUGGGGUGUUGACCACGUGUACAUUGGCGAGGCGUGCCCCAGCCUCUGCAGCGGGCAUGGGUACUGCACCACGGGCGCCGUCUGCAUCUGCGACGAAGGACACCACGGUGACGACUGCUCUCUCUCCACCACGGACCUGCCCAGCUCGGUGAAGGACAACUUUGAGUCGGGGUCGGUGUCCCAGGAGAGCUGGAGCCUGAUCCAGGGAGGGGGGGUGGGCAGUGGCUGUGGCCAGCUCUCCCCUCAUGCCCACGGGGACUCACUCUACUUCAACGGCUGCAAGAUGAGGCAGGCCGUCACCAGGCCCCUCGACCUGACCAGAGCCAGUAAGAUCAUGUUCGUGCUGCAGAUUGGCAGUGUGUCCCAGACGGACAGCUGUAAUACGGCUCUGGAGCAGGAGGACUCAGUGGACCGGGCCGUGCUGCUGCAGUACAGCGUCAACAACGCCGUCAGCUGGCACGUCAUCGCACAGCACCAGCCCAAAGACUUCAUCAAGGCCCAGCGCGUCUCCUACAACAUACCCCUAGAGGCGCGUGUGAAGGGUGUUCAGCUGCGGUGGUGGCAGCCUCGGCAUGACGGGGCGGGACAUGACCAGUGGGCUCUAGACCAUGUGGAAGUCGUCCUCACCCGCAAACAAAAUUAUAUGAUGAACUAUGCCAGACAGACCGGACUUCGCCACUACUACAACAGAAAGAGGCGGGCACUGCGGCAGCGCGCCUAAACCCAAUAGGUCGAGAGCACGGAUCUGACCUGCCAAUCACAACAUAAACCUGCGCACCACAUCCUUUCCUCCUUGUUGACAUAGCAACUACACCCUGUUGAAUCCCGCCCUCCAGUUGGAUUCCAGUCAGCCUUAGGCCAUCAUGAUCCCACCCACUCUUUGACAGACACAUGGGCCAUCCAAUACGUUUUCAGCUGCAGCCAAUCAAAGCCUUCUGAAGGAGGUUCCCAGGCAGGAGAAAAGCAACAACGAAAAAAAGUGGCCAUUUUGUUUACCUUGUUCAUGGACUCUCGAGUUUGUUUGUUUGUUUGUUUUUUUAUUAUUAUUGAUUGUUGCUGUUGAUAUUUUUUAUUUCUCCUAUUUCACCAGUUGUGAUACUGCCCCAGUUCCCUAGUUCUCCCCCUCUCACCCUUCCUCCUAACACACUGUGAAGUUCUAUGAUAUCACUGAUGAUGAUUAUGUGGAUGAUGAUGAUGAUGAUGAAGACGAUGAUGAUGAUGACCAUUAGGGUUAUGAUGAAGAGGAGGAUGCGACCGUGGAGUUUUGACUGAGUGGGAAGUGAUGCCUCCAGCAGUCUUAACGGGUACCCUGCAGAAGAAGAAGAUGAAGAGCGUUGCCGGUGUUGAAAAAGGAAAGCAGUGAUGAAGAUGCUAUAAAGAGUACUGUGUUCUUGCUGUUCUGUGUGUCUGUGGAUUUCUUUUUUUUCGUGAUGAGUUGACUGUGGUGUUGCAUUCAUUCGUUCGUUAGUUUUAUACUAAUAAUUCCGAUACUUUUUUGGGGUUUGUUUACUUUCUCUCGUUUUAUCCGGGAUCGGCAUACGAAGGCCGAGGGAAGGAUGACCUCGGAGCAAGAAGAUGGAUAGAACAGAAGAAAUGGGGGAAGAAAAAAAAGAAGAAAAAAAGACACAAAAAUAAAGACUGAUCAAUGACUUUUCUGUUGGUUUUUAUUAUUUUUUAUAUAUGUUGGUUCCCAAAAUACAGAUAUUUAUGGUAAAUGGUUCUCCAUGUAACCUAUUUAAGAUGCACUGUGUGUGAAAUCUGUCUGUUAUUUUCUAGUGUUAAGUUAUUAGGCAGUGGGAGGAGACCCUCCGACUGCAAGAGCCCCCACCCGACGAACCCCCCCAUCUCCCCACCCGACGAACCAC